UAAAAUCAAAUAUCUGGGCCCCAAUGGUCGAAAAGCAGAUAAAUCGGAUGCACAGCGUGCGUGGUGCGCUGCAGCAAGGCCGACCCUGUUUUCAAUGGAGUGAUUUGAAAAUGGUCUCCGCAGGUCUUCAACCGAAUAGAAGACUGGAAUGAACGGCCCAGAGUGGAACUUUUUCUCCUACCCGCAUGCCCUUUGCUCUGAACUGACCAAGUAAUACUCCCAGGGUUUGAUGCGGACAAUGCUGACGUCUUAGGAUAUCAGAGAUGGAUCACGGAAGUGGGAUUUGGAGGAGAAACCCCUCUGAGAAGAACUUAGGUGAGUCUGAGAGCUCGGGUUCAGUCUCCUCCUAUUCUGAGAGAUACUCGGAGGAGCAGGAGGUAUUUGGCUCUUUUCCCAAUGAAAGUUCUAUAAAACAUGCUCACUCAUUAGAAAUUUCAUUGAUUAAUGAGGGUAAUGAAGGACCUGCAACUGUCAAGAGUUUAAAUGAGAAGCUUUCUGCUGCUCUUUUAGAUGUUGCAGCGAAAGAAGAUCUGAUAAAGCAGCAUGCAAAAGUUACAGAAGAAGCCAUUUCAGGCUGGGAGACCGCAGAAUCUGAACUUGCAGCUUUGAAACAGCAACUUGAAGCCUCUUCUUUGAAAAACUCUCUUCUCGAGGAUAGAAUCAACCACCUUGAGGAAGCUAUCAAAGAAUGUGUUAGGCAGCUGAGACAAUCAAGGGAGGCGCAAGAGCAGAAACUUCAGGAUGCCAUCCUUUUGAAGACAGUUGAAUGGGAAUCUAAGAAGUCGGAGCUUGAAAAACAGCUCAAGCAGCUUCAUGCACAACUUGAAACUGCAAAAACUGAGGCCUUUACCAAUACUGAUAAUUCUAUCAGCUUGAGGCUUGAAUCUCUAGAGAAAGAAAACAAAUCUUUAAUGACCGAGCUCCUUGCUCAAUCUGAACAACUACGUGUGUGCACAUUAGAGAGAGAAUUGAGCACUCAGACAGCUGAAUUAGCCAGCAAGCAGCAUUUGGAAAGCAUAAAAAAGGUGGCAAAGUUUCAAUCCGAGUGUCGUAGGUUACAAGUUGUAGCGCGCAGAAUAACAUCAGCAAGAUGCCAUAGUCGUCCAGUCUCCGACACAGUCUUUGUGCAAAAUCUUUUAGUUAGCCAAUCAGAGAACAAGAAAAUUUUGACUGGUGUGUAUAAUGAUCUGGAAAGCUUGGGUUCAUGGUCAUCAGGGCUAAUUGC